CACCAACACUGCAUUAAUUUCGUGCAUUCCCUAAAGACUACGACAAAACAAACUUCUCUAUAGCAGUUGUUUGAUCAGAAAAAAGGAAUUUGUUGACAGAGAAAGAAAGCAAAUUAUGAGCAAUAUUCAUUUAAUCGGCGUAGAAGACCCUCCUCAUGUUCCAUUGGUAGAUUCAAUGGGAAAGGAUUUGCGAAGCUUGUCUCCUUUAUCCCCUGAAUGUGUUAUUUAUAAAGUACCUGAGCGACUACUACGCCGUGUCAAGAAAAAUGCCUGCACACCUAAGGUAGUCUCCAUUGGCCCGCUUCAUCAUUGUGGUAAUCGAGCCUUAAGAGCCAUGGAAGAACAUAAAUUGAGGUACCUCGGAGAUUUUAUACGACAGACCGGCGAAAGCUUGGAGUUUUUUCUUGACUUUGUAAGGAAUAAGGAAGCAAAACUUCGUGGUUGUUAUGCAGAAACCAUGCAGUUUAGCGUUGAUGAAUUUGUCAAAAUCAUUCUAGUGGAUGCUGCCUUCGUUGUUGAGGUCUUACUCAAGUCGUUUAUCCCUAAACUGCAAGAUGAAAACGACCGCAUAUUUAAGAAACCGUGGUUGAUACAGGACGUAUGGACCGACAUGCUUCUGCUUGAAAAUCAGCUUCCGUUCUUCAUUCUUGAGGAUCUUUUCGGAGAAGUACACUGGUCGCAAAGCGACGGGGAGGAGACGGCGACGCUUACCAUCAAUAAGCUUACAGAAGAGUUUUUCAAAAGCCGAAUGGAAUCACCGAGAAUAGAAGACAGAUGGGAAGAGAUCUGUUCUGGUGAUUUCAAAAUUAAACAUUUUGUUGAUCUCCUACGACACGUGCAAUUAAAGCCUGUUAAGGAGCGUAGUGAAAGUGAACAAAUGAAACUGAAAAAACUAACCAUGCCCAGUGUGACAGAGCUACACGAGGCUGGAGUCAGGUUUCAGGUGUCGAGAAGCAAAAAUCUAUUUGACAUAAUAUUCGAUAAAAAGAAAGGGAUACUGAAAAUCCCAAGUUUUAUUUUAAGUGCUGAAACAGAACUCACAAUCCGAAAUUCCCUCGCCUUUGAGCAAUGCCAUUACAGUGAGAAACACAUAAAUGAUUAUGUUAUCAUAAUGAAUCGGCUUGUUGACACUCGCAAGGAUAUAGAGUUGUUGGUAAAGGAGGGAAUUGUUGAAAAUAGGUUUAGCUACACCAGAGAACUAAGAGAAGGGUCAAAUUUUCUUAACAAACUUGCAGAUGGGGCUAUUUUGGACGAGAAUAACUUCUACUUUGCUAGUCUUUCUGAAGAGCUGAACGCUUACUACAACACCUCGUGGCACAAGUGGAAGGCAAACUUGAAACAGAAAUAUUUCAUAACACCGUGGUCCGACAUUUCACUUUUGGCAGCUGUUUUUCUGCUUAUACUCAUACAAACGGUGUGUUCUGUUAUCUCGCUGGCUCCACUUCCUACUUCUAAGUAGCUAGUACUUCAGAUGGAAAGUUUCGCCACUCCCUCGCAGUUAUUUCUACUAUUGUUGUUGUGUUUAUAUCUGUGUUGGUUAAGAUAUUCUCUUGCAUGGCCUUCUAGUUCUGUCAAGAACAGGUUUUCUUCGGUAUGUACUGAAGCUUUGAUAAGAUAUGUACACUUUGUUUUGAAAUUUACUGAUGUGG